AUGGAUUUUAGAAAAUUUUAAAUUACUUUCUUGAAAAUGGUUGAUAUCUUUGGUACACCUUAUCUACAUUCUAUUAAAUUCAACUAAAAAAUAUAGAAGUCUAUUUUAGGAGGAAUUAUCUCUAUCUUUAUUUUAGGGAUUAGCUUGGCCUAUUUCAUAUAUGUUAUUAAUUAAUGGUGCACUUAUCAAAUUUUACCAAAAACCAAUAACUCUAUGAAAGUUGAACAAUUUUCAGAAAUCAAUUUAUAGGAUGAUAAUCCAAUUAUUUAAAUAAGUUAUGGAAAAUAUUCUGAAUAAAGUUUAGAUCCAUUUGAUACCUAAAAUAAUAUAUUAAUGCCUAUUGGAAUAUAUUUCACGGAUGGAAAACCCUAGAAACCUUUUUCAUUAUUAAACAACAAACAAAAAUCUGAUGUAUAUCCUAAUAAACUUCUUCCAAGCCUAAAUAAAUUAUCACUUGUUUAAAAUGGAAAUUCUAAUUAAGAUUACAAAAAAACAACCGAACUUGUAAUCAUGAUUGCUAAAUGCAAUGAAGAAUAUUUAUCUGAAGGAGGUAAAUGUGCAACAGAUUAAUAAAUUGAAUAAUUUUUUGCUACCAGUGUUACAUAUAUGGAUUUUUGGAUAAAUUUAAAAUAGUUUAAUUCUUAGACUUAGAAAUUUGAGGUAGUAAGAAAGUAAUAUUAUUUUUGGUUUGAAUCUAAGUCUGCUUAAUUGAGUUAAAUUAUGAUUAAGAAAGCUUAUUUACAUGUGGAUAAAGGGGUAUUAUUUAAUAGUUAUAAUGAUUAUAAUUACAUUCAGGAUACUUAGAUAAUGAUGUCUACAACAACAACUAAACUAUGGGCUCCAUUAGUAUCUGGUGAUACUUAUUUAAGUCUAAUAUUUCGAUUAGAUCCUGUAUCUAUAGAUGUCUAACUUGUAUAUCCAAAAUUAGGUGAAGUUUUGGCUAUGGUUGGUUCGAUUGUAAAUUUGCUCUUGAUGGUCAAAUAUGGAGCUUAAUAUUACAAUGAAUCUUUAUUAGAAAAUAAAUUGACUGAUAAAAUAAUUAGAUAUUAUUAUUCUGAUUUUGAAGAACUCAAGACAUCAUAAGAUUUUUAAACCAAGUUUUAUUACAAUUAACUAAAAAAAUAGGCAAAGCGAAAAUUGAUAUUUCAUAAUAUCCUGUAUGAAUUGUCAAGAAUUUAAUUAUUUUUAUUUAAUUAAUUUGGACGUACAUCAAUAGAAAAUUCUCAUUAAUUGAAGUUUAGAUUUUAAGAUUUCAAAGUAGAUUUUGAAGGAGAAGUUUUUACAGCAAAGUAAUAAUAAACGUAAUUAAAUUUGAUUGCUCAUGAAAGUACGUCAAAUUUCAUGAUCAUAAGUAUUCCAGAAAAAGAAAAAAUGAAAAAUUAAAGGGGAGAGAAAGUGCAUCCAGAAAUUAGAAGUAGUUUAGAUUAAUAAUCCUUAAGUUAGGAUAAGUGA